CUGUCAGAUUUCGGUCAUUUCGAAAUUUGUGCAUUUUAAAUAUGAAACAAUGUUUUUGGUUUAUAUCCUUGGAAGUUGGAUGCGCUUUUUCAGCAAUUGCUUUUUUGGUCAUAGCCAUAGGCGAGAUGUUUGUUGGACGUGUUAUGGAUCUUGUUGAAGUUGAGAGAGCAGUUGUCAUUCUUCACGCUUUCAUCUUCAUGGCAGGAGCAGUUAUGCUUCUAAUUGGCAUUUUGGUAGGCGAUCUGGUGUGUAUUUUUCUCUUUGUACUUUUUGGUUUUGGUGCAUUAAUUGCGAAAGUUGCCGCUGUUGUGGUUUUCAUGAUACAUGGAAAGAGGAACGAUUCGGAGAAAAUUUGUAUUUCACUUUAUGCCUGUACACUUUUCGUUAUUCACUCCUACAUAAUACUGAUAGCUUGGAGUUUGGGCAAGAAGCUAUGGAAUCAGCAGCAUCAUAAUAUUCAGAUGUCAGUUCGACACCACAGAUGGGGGCAUCAUCGACACCAUCCAGUUAUGGGAGUUUGAAAAAAAAAUCAUUCGGUAUAUUAAUGUAAGGAUGAAUUAAUAUUAUAAUAUAUACAUUUUGAAAU